GCUCGCGCAGAGACGACGGUGACCGAGGACGACCUGCUGGUGUCGACGAUGACCGCCGUCGGGCCGUGCCAGCUGGUGGAAUCCACACGGGUGGCGUGCGAGGGGCUGCUGGCCUUGGACGAGGUCGCGCCCAGCAUCCCGGAAGAAGCCUGGCCGGACGUUACGACGCUCGCCAUAGAAAACGGGAGGUUCCUGACCCUGACCUUGGAUGAUCUGCUGGAUCUGCCUUAUUUACACACGCUAAUCUUCAAUCAUAGCCAAGUGUCGCGAUGGGCGGUGCCCACGAGGAAGGGCGUCCCCUCCAUCAGCCACCUCGUCCUCCGCGAGUGCUGGGACGCCGAGGACCAGACGCUCUCGCUCACCAGGAAGAUGAUGCUGGGUCUGAAGGGCCUCGAAGAGAUCCAUAUCCUCGACUCUCUCCUCCUCAACCUCGAGUUCAGUGUUCUCGAGGCCGAGAAGCCACUACAGCUCCUGCGCAUCGAGGGCGGCAGCCUCGUGUGCAAGAACGGCAACCUGUGGAUACUUUUCUGGCUGGUGUCGGGGCAGAUCAGCGUGAGCGAAGACACCACCUGCUUCCGCGACACCACCAGCCUCGUGUUCUACUUCAGCUUCAACGGACACCCGUUCCUGCACAUCAUGGGCUACCUCAAGGAGGCGGUGCGUGACUGCCCGAGGUUGUGCUCCUGCGAGGUCCGUGGCAUGAAGCCGACGGGGAAGCCGCUGCAGUACGCGGCGUGCGAGGGGCGCGGCGUCACGUCCCUCCCGCUCACCCUCCCAAGGUUCACGUCGCAGCUCUACCUGACGAACAACAAAAUAACCGAUAUCGACACGCUUUUCACCAAUGAGAACUACAGAAACUUGGACCACGUUAAUCUGAAGAACAAUAAGAUUUCUUAUAUCGAUGGAGAUUUGUUCUACAACUAUGUCAAGAACCGUUCUCACAACAUGCACAUCAACUUGUCAAACAACCGCUUGAGAACGGUCCCCAUCUGGGCGCUGCGGAAGGUGCACGAGGACGGCAGGGACUCCAACCUCACCAUCUACAACCUCAUCGAGCUGCGGGGCAACCCAUGGGACUGCCGGAACUGCUCCUUCGUCGGGGAAUUCAGGGACUUCUACCAAGAGCUCCUGCGCCACGAGGCUGUGAACAUCUUUACCCACGCGACCGAGAUCCGCUGCGGCGCGAGGGACACGGCGCUGGAUGAGCAGGAAGAGGAGGACGCUGAGGACUCACACGCAGGAAUGUCCUUUCUCGUGACGAGUCCUGAGGUUUUGUGUCCGCCGGAGACCUCACCCUUCCUCCUGAAAGAUGCUAUCUACACGAUCCUGGCGGUGGCGCUGUUGGGGUUUGUCGUAGGACUCUCGUAUGCCGUGCACGUGACUAAGAAGCGAGGGCAGCUCUUCCAGUUGCUGCAGUGAGCGUGGCUGAGUUUGUGUUUGCAGCAGAGUCGUACAUGGUUUGUUGACUUGGGUAGAGGCAGGUGACCUCUUGUCCAUUGUAAAUAUUGUAAUAUUUUGUGGGAAUCGUACGUGAAACAAGGAGUGGGGCGACCGUAGACUUCUGAUCAAGGGCCUUGUAUACGCGUUUUAAUUGAGAAUCAAAGUGAACAUUGGAAAGGUGGUCAUUGAGUCAUUAGGCAUUUUUAGAGAAUUAUAUUUUAACUCACAGAAUAAAAUGAAUGAUAUAGAAGUUGAUGUUCGAAUUAAGAGUAAGAUGAACAAUGCAGUGCAGGCCAUGCUCAUUUAUAUUAUGUCGAUCACACACACUUAAUGUAUAAAGAGCUUCUAAUAAACACCUUUGUUCCUA